GCAGCAAGGGGCACGGGCAGUUUCAUACCUGGCGCUAACGGCGGUUUCAAUCGGCUCAGCGCGGAAGGCGCCCCCCUGGCCUUCAGAGCGGCGACUGCAUAGGACGCAAAGCUGCCGCAGCACCAGCGAGCUGGGCCGAAACAGGUAGUGUUCGCUGGCAUGGCGGAGAGCCGUCGCAGUGCUGCCGCUGCUGAAGAACUCGCACAAGGGGCUCGUGCGUCGUGAGCCGCGCCUAAAUUUAGUCCCGGGGGCUGCCACCACAUCGCCGACUUUCGUCUAGAGGCAGCGAAGAACUGGCGCCAUGCAGGGUCGCCGAUCGUCGCGUGCACUGCGCGUCGUGCGACUGCAAGAAUCACCGCCCGAGGAAGUUGUUCCAGUGAGAGAUGGUCGGGGAUCAUCGCGGGUGCUGCGCGUCAUCCCUCAUGGCACGAAGACUUCGUCUCGGCAACUUAUACGCGUCAUCGAAGAUUCGCCGUCAGAGUCCUCCGAACACGCCGUGCACAUCGUGCAGAAGAGGGCUUCGAAGCCCGCCUCGCAGGUGCGUGCCCGUGGCUCCGGCGGCAGCGUGGAGCGGUCGUCCUCCAACGAGGCAGAGCGGCCGACCGUCCGAGUCUACCGACGGCAGUCCGAGCCUGCGCCUCAAGUUAGCGUGAUCACCGAAGGAGAGGGUUCCACAAGUGAGGACGAAAAACGCGUGUACCUGGUCAAGAGAGGCGAGUCCGACACUGAAAUAAGAAUCAGCGGAGAAAAGAAGCAGUCGGCAACUCAGGCCGUCAUCGUGCGCCGGGAUUCACCGCCACCAGUGAAGCUGAAGUUAUUCAAGGAGGCCGGGUCUACACAACAGACCUUCCACGUGCACCAAAAAGAGCCCCCGCCACCGCCCAGACUGCGAAUCAUCAAGGAGCCUCCCGAUCCCCCUAAGACUUUCCAUGUCCAUCAGAAAGAACCUCCGGAGCCAGCUCAGCUCCACCUUAUCCGGGACCCCGCAGAACCUCCGCAAACGUUCCACGUUCACCAAAAGGAGCCUUCGGCGCCUCCGCAGCUGCACCUUAUAAAAGAACCGCCGGGACCACCUCAAACUUUCCAUAUCCACCAAAAGGAACCGGCCAACCCUCCGCAGCUGCACCUGGUUCGUGAACCAGCGGGUCCAGCACAGACGUUUCAUAUACACCAGAAGGAACCUGCGGCACCGCCACAAAUUCAUGUCAUAAAACAGCCUUGUCCUCCGUCGAUGCCCGUGCACAUCAUACAGAGGGAGCCUGCGCCACCCCCGGAGAUCCAUAUCAUCAAGCAACCUGCACCGCCGCCCCAGACGUUCCACGUAAUUCAGAAGGAGCCAGCCCCUCCCCCGCAACUGCACAUCGUCAAGCAGGCCGCGCCGGUGCCGCCUCCUGUACACGUCGUGCAAAAGGAACCCGCUCCACCGCCGCAGUUGCACCUCGUCAAGGAGCCACCUCCGCCAGCGCAAACAUUCCACGUGCGUCAGAAAGAACCGGCCCCGCCCGCUCAGCUGCACGUCAUCAAAGAGCCUGCAGGACCUCCUCAGACCUUCCACGUGCGCCAAAAAGAGCCCGCGUCUCCUCCUGAACUGCACCUCAUCAAGGAACCCGCUGGACCCCCUCAGACGUUUCACGUCCACCAACAAGAACCGACGCCACCUCCCGAACUGCAUGUCAUCAAGGACCCUGCGCCUCCGCCGCAAACAGUCCACUUGCAUCAGCAAGAGCCCGCACCCCCUCCGAAUGUUCACGUUAUCAAGGAACCAGCCCCGCCACCUCAGACCAUCCAUGUUCACGAGAAGGAACCAGCGCCACCUCCUGAGGUGCACGUCAUUAAGGAACCAACUCCAGCCAAACAGACAAUUCACGUGCACGAGCAAGAACAAUCUACGCCCCCCGAAGUGCACGUCAUCAAGGAAGCGGCUCCAGCAACUCAAACAAUUCACGUUCGCCAGAUGGAUUCGGCAGCUACACCUCAAGUGCGCUCCGUCAAGUCGCUGCGAUUGCCCAUACAAACUGUCCGCGGGCACCAGGAAGACGGGCGGGACUCCCCGCAGUCCAUUCACGUGCACCAGCAGGAAAGGCAGAGCUCCGUACGCGCCAUUGAGUUGCACCAGCCGGAGGAACGGCAGUCCCACGGGCGCGUCCUCAGAAGCAGGCCGCAGUCGCCGGCACAGUUGGUGCGCCUUCGUCGUGUCCAGUCGUCGUCGUCAUCGAGCUCCGUCUGUGAGGUAGACAUCGGAGGGGCGGCCACCAGAGUUUUCAGCUUACCACGGCGACCCAGCGUGCGCGCCGCCGAGGUACGGCUCGUCAGGGCGGACGACGACGACAACGACGCGGUGGUGUACCUGCGGGAUCGCGCCGAGGAGCAGUCGUCGGACACAGAUGUGCGCGUGCUGACCGCCGCUACAGGAGGCGGCGACGACGAGGACGACUACGAGGGACAGGUGCAGACCAUACGGAUUGUCAGGGAGCAGUCAGCGCGCCCUUCCAGCCGCAGCAUACGGGUCGUCGACGCCCGGCCGCAGAGUCCCACCGGGAGGUCCCGCGCAGGACGGUCCCGGUCCGUGCCGCGCGUUAGGAGGCGCUAGAGAG